CCACCCAGCAUGGGAGUAUUCCAGCAACGCACUGUCAUCUACAGGCAGGAAAUGUCUCCUUUGCACUGAGAGCUGGAGGGACGCUCUGCUGCUGAGAGCUCAGCCAGGAAAUGUCGGGGUGCACUCCGAGUCUGCUGACCACACAUGUCCUGAACAUCGCACAGGGGACCCCAGCUAAAGGCCUGACAAUAACCUUGUCCAAGUUCAAUGCCAGAGAAGCAAAAUGGGAACAAGUCAGCAGAAGUGUCACUGACCAGGACGGCCGCUGUCCAGGACUUCAACGUGGAGAACCUCUUACAGCCGGGACCUUCCAGCUGCGCUUUGAUACUGGAGAAUACUGGAAGCAGCUAAAACUAGAGGCCUUCCAUCCCUAUGCAGAGGUUGUUUUCAUCAUUAAUGACCCAAAAGAGAAAUAUCACGUGCCUCUCCUGAUUACCCCACAUGCCUAUUCCACCUACAGAGGGAGCUAGAGAACGGAAGGUCUUGGGGCGCGCUGCCACAUAUUCUUUUCAUCAUCCAGUCAUUUAACUGAGAACACUACAAAAAUGGCAGAGCUUUCUGAUUUUGUUUCCAAAUAAAUGUAUAUUAAAUGAAA